AUGCGUUGGUCUUUCCUAUUGGCCCUAAUAGUGUCCCUGUUCCUACUGGGGUCAUUGGCAGCACCAGCUUCGGACCUAGGACGACGCGAUCUGGAAGUCGCCAACCUCAAGGCGAGGCAAGAAAAGGAAACGGACCCUACAACGACAGAGAAUACUACCAGCGAGGCCACGACGACAACUCAAACAGAUGCAUCAAAAACAGUAACCGACGCGUCAACGGCUACCGAAGCUAAAACCUCCGGCACUACAACCCAUGCUACGACGACUACUUCUGCCGCGUCCGCUACCUCGACUGUGCCCUCGCUCGAUGGAACAACUCCAUCUUCCCAGCAGCAAACGGCAGACUCCACUAAACCAACCUACUCCGGUGGCCUGCCAAUCAGACCGGUAAUCACGCCGGCAUGGGGCGUUGGGGGUUUUAUACUAAUUGCCCUCGGAGCUAUCCUGGCUUUCAUUGGUGUCCGCCAACAAUGGGUCCAAAUCUUGCUCUCAACCGGAUUCCUUAGCGCAUUGGGAGUUACCGUCCUCAUUAUCUAUGUAAUGAGCCCACCCGUAAGCAACGCCGUGCAGGGCGGCUAUCUCGUCGCCGUCUUCUUCACCGGCGCUGUGUUCGGUGGUCUAUCGCUCGUCUUCCGAGAAAUCUGCGAGGGACUGGGCUGUCUUCUCGGUGGUUUCUGUCUGAGCAUGUGGUUCCUUGCUUUGAAAUCAGGCGGUCUUCUAACCGAAAGUGGCCCCAAGGCCGGUAUGAUCAUUGCCUUUGCUGUGGGAUUCUACUCCCUAUCGUUUAGUCACUAUACCCGGUCAUACGGCCUGAUCGGAUGCACUUCGUUCGCCGGUGCAACUGCCUUGGUUCUUGGAAUCGAUUGCUACAGCAGAGCUGGACUGAAGGAGUUCUGGUUAUACAUCUGGGGUUUGAACAAUAACGUCUUCCCUCUCCGAACGGACACCUACCCCGUGACACGUGGUAUUCGUGUUGAGCUCGCCGCGAAUAUCAUUAUUGCGGCUCUGGGGGUAAUCUCCCAAGUCCGACUUUGGAAUCUCAUCAAGGAGCGCAGAGCCAGGGAAGAAGCUUCCCGCCGGGAACACACCCGAAAGAUCGAAGAAGAGGAUGCCGAAGUCGGUCGCCGUCUCGAGGAAAAGAAUAUCCAAGAGCGUGCCGAAUGGGAACUCAUUUACGGGAACGGAAAGGCUGCCGAUAGCAAAACCGUCUCGGUUUCGGAGACUGCUGUCGGUGACUCGCCACGGGGCUCGGAUGGGUUCGACUCCUCUGACAACGACAAGGAGGGUGAGAUUGAGCUCAAGGAAAUGCCGAGCCCGGAUGUCUUGGGUAGUGCCUCUGACGGCGAGAAGAACCACCCGGGUGAAAGUAACACUCGUGAACUUGAGGCUGUGCCAGAGGAGGAUUCAUCCCAGCAGGAUCAGCUAGCAGAUCAGGAAAGGGGUGCCGAGAAUGAGGGUCAAUCUGAAGGAAAGACGCCGAGACCUUCUACACCUGUUAUUACCCAUGUCCUUGGCGAGGGCAAUGAUGAUGCCUCUGAGAACGGUGCUGACAUCGGUUCGGAGGUUGGUACGCCGCGCUCGAAACGGUUCUCUGGUAGAGAAAUGUUGAACCGGCUCUCUUGGCGGAACAGCAAUGGUGUGAUGAAUGCUUCACAGUCUCAGGAGAACCUGGUGACUCAUGAUGAUGCCAGUUCUUCUGUACUGGGGGUUGUCGAUGAUCUUCAUGAGAUGAGCGUCGGUUGCUCGAGUGUUAUCUCGGAUGCUGAGGUUGACGAUGGUGUUGAAAAAGUGCAACGAGAAAUUAACGCUGAGCUAGCUCCGGAGAAGGACUCCGCAUAUGCGGAGAUCAAGUCGAAUGCCGGUUCACAAGCUGUCCAAGAUACUGGACUCCAUGUUGACACAACCACGGCCCAAAAAGAUGCCGAGAAAGUGAUCACCGAGGAGGCUGCUGUCGGCAAGAUUGUCCAACAGGUAUCUCCUCCCGAGAGCACCAUUGCCGACAGUCCUUUGGAGAAUUCAGGCAUCUCCGAAGCGUCGGAAAAGCCCCAAUCGCCGGAAACUCCCGCAACAGAUGUUGAAGCAGACAUUCCAGAUGCUUCGAUGAAGACCGAGGAAGUCAAGCCCACAGCUACAUUGGGGCCAUCACCUCUGAACAAUACAGAAGGAGAAAAGAUGGAGGAUGGUAAUGAAGAUCCGCCUACUGCUAAAACCAUCAAAGCCGAGUCCAUUCCUGAGCCGGCUGCAUCUUUGCCCGAGCCCAAGGUUGAGCCACAGAUCAAAGUGCUCAAGAAACUGGAUGCAUCAAACGUCAAAUGUAUCCCCGAACAAACAUCACGAGUGAUCCAUUCGUACCGCACGAACGAAUGGGCCAAGCAUCUUGCCGAUGCGGACACCCCUGAAAUUGAGCCAAUCGAGUUCGAAGCUGAACCUGAAGUAGAAGACUCAGAGGAUGUUCACGAGACCGCAGCAUUUGUUGAUGUAGGCGGUCUUCUCCAGACACCUCUCACUGCGCAGCCACCACCAAUCGUGAACAGGCCUGAAUUUGAUGAUACGGACAAUCAACAACCUGCCUACAUCUCAUCGGUACCCUCGCCUGAUAUUCCCCGGUCCAAGACACGGACAGGCGCGCAAGGUCUCACCAAAGCGAAUCCAAAUUUAACCCGGAACAACUCGACAGCUUCAGUCAACGUGCUACGCUCAGCGUCUGGCCCGCUUCCAACUCAAGAACCGGGAAUGAUGGCGAGGCGCAACACAUCAACUCCCAUGUUGACAGUCACUACUGCCAACGAGCCCAAAGAAGCAGAGCCAUCAUCACGCUGGAAUGGACCACCUCCCCUCCUCGCAAUCCGCGAGAAUAUGGUCCGAAACCGCAUGUCCUCAACAUCCAACCGCUUCGAUCCCUGGGCCGCACGCAACCUAUCCCGACAGUCCCUACCUGACAUGGCGACCCCCGUCUCCCCAAUUUCACCACCGCUCUCCGUCCUCGAAGAAAGGGACAUAGAAUAUGAACAAGCCCAACCCAACGAGGACGACAUCCCACUUUCCAAGCGGCGCGCCCUACUACAGCGUCAGACAGUGCAGUCCCCAUCUACAUUAAGCCUUGCCAACCUCGAGGCUGCCCAAUCCCCAACGUAUACCCCACCAGCUCCCGCCGGCGAGUUGAACCGGUCUGCUUCAAGAAUGGCAGAGUGGCGACAAUCGGUCCGCGAGGAAAUCACCCAAAAGCAAGAUCCUUUGACUCUCCAGUCCAGACCACUCAGCCCAACCAGCCCCACUGACCGGCGCACUACAUGGAACUCUGUGCAACAGAUGCGCGACGCCUCCUCUGCUCAGCUGGGAGAUGCCAUCGCAGACGGCAUGCAGCGUGGCAACAUGACGGAUCUACAUCGCCAGGCGAUGCGUCGUAUGCAGGCUUCGGCGAAUCGAAAGCUGUAG